AUGGCAGAGGAAGCUGAGGAGGAAGAGACCGCACCCCCGCAGCCUGAGGUCGAGGCAGAGAAAGAGAAACCAGCAGAGAAACAAGAUGAGGAAGCGCCCCCUCAUGAGCUAACAGAGGAGGAGAAGCUGCAGCUUCUGCACUCGGAGGAGUUCAUGGAGUUCUUCGAUCACAGCACACGUAUCAUGGAGCGCGCUCUGUCCGAACACGUGGAUGUUUUCUUCGACUACAGCGGCCGUGACAUGGAGGAGAAGGAGGGUGAGAUGCAGGCUGGGGCCAAACUGUCUCUGAACAGGAAGUUUGUUGAUGAUCGCUGGUCCAAACAGCGAGUGGUGACCUGUCUGGAUUGGUCCCCACAGUAUCCAGAGUUGCUGGUGGCCUCUUACAACAACAACGAGGAAGCCCCGCAUGAGCCUGAUGGAGUGGCUUUGGUCUGGAACAUGAAAUACAAGAAGACCACACCGGAGUAUGUCUUCCACUGUCAGUCUGCUGUCAUGUCUGCAGCGUUUGCGAAGUUUCACCCAAACCUGGUUGUCGGUGGCACUUACUCGGGACAGAUCGUCCUGUGGGACAACAGAAGUAACAGACGCACUCCUGUCCAGAGGACGCCUCUCUCUGCUGCGGCGCACACGCACCCAGUGUACUGUGUUAAUGUGGUUGGCACACAGAACGCUCAUAACCUCAUCAGCAUCUCCACUGAUGGAAAGAUGUGCUCCUGGAGUCUGGACAUGCUGUCUCAGCCACAGGACAGUAUGGAGCUGUUGUUUAAGCAGUCUAAAUCAGUUGCGGUCACCUCCAUGUCCUUCCCUCUCGGUGACGUUAAUAACUUUGUGGUGGGAAGUGAGGAUGGAUCGGUCUACACAGCCUGUCGUCAUGGCAGUAAAGCUGGAUAUUGUAAUAACAAGCCGCUGUACUCGUUUGAGGACAACUCUGAUUAUGUGUAUGAUGUUAUGUGGUCUCCGGUUCAUCCCGCUCUCUUCGCCUGUGUGGAUGGACUCGGACGCAUCGACCUGUGGAACCUCAACAAUGACACAGAGGUGCCCACUGCCAGCGUGUCUGUGGACGGCAGUCCCGCUCUGAACAGGCUGCGCUGGUCUCAGUCGGGCAGAGAGAUCGCCGUGGGUGACUCAGAGGGACAGAUCCACAUUUACGACGUCGGCGAGAAUAAAAUAUUGGAGGGAUUGUCCUCCAAAGUGAAUGUGAAACAAUCUCUGCAGAAGGUCACCGGAGUUAAAGCAGACUGUGGAGAUGAUCUGUAA